AUGACGAUUGCUGGAUUGCUCUUCUUCACCGCAAUCGGUUGCAUUAUCAAUCCUGGAUGUGCUUCAUCUGCGGAAUGUAAAAUAGAUGGGAGCUGCAACGAUAUUUCGCGGAUAUGGGGCCAGUACUCACCAGUGUUCGCUGUCCCCUCGGAGAUAGACCCGGCCAUUCCUAAGGGGUGCGAGGUCACCUUUGGCCAAGUUUUGUCCCGGCACGGAGCCCGGUAUCCUACUGCUCACAAGACUGAGACGUACAAUGCUACUGUCACUCGCAUUCAAAGCUCUGUCACCGAGUAUGGCAAGGGGUACGAAUGGCUCAAGGACUACGUGUACAGCCUUGGAGCUGACGACCUCACUGAAUUUGGCCAGGAGCAGCUGGUUGACUCAGGAAAGGCUUUCUACAAGCGAUACAAGAAGCUCGCUCGAAAGUCUGAGCCUUUCAUUCGGGCUUCUAGUUCCGACCGGGUUGUCAUGUCUUCAUACAACUUCACACAGGGCUUCUAUAGCUCUCGAGGAGAGUCGGGCGAGGACCAGAUCGGCGACAUCUUGAUCGUGUCAGAAGACGACGGGUCCAACAAUACCAUGUCUCAUGGCAACUGCGCCGCCUUUGAAGAAGGUUGGGUUUCCAAACUGGGCGACGACGCUUCGGACACUUGGAACCAACUAUUUGUUCCUUCUAUCACAGCGCGACUGAACAAGAAACUGCCAGGGGCUAACGUCACGGACGCCGAAACCAUCUCCUUGAUGGACCUAUGUCCUUUUAACACAGUCAACACGGCUGAUGCAGCUACUAGAUCAAAAUUCUGCGACUUGUUCACCAAGACGGAGUGGCGAAGCUACGACUAUUCCCUCUCGGUGAAUAAGUACUACGAUUAUGGAAACGGCAAUCCCUUGGGUCCCACGCAAGGAGUUGGGUACGUCAACGAGCUCAUCGCUCGAUUGACGAAGCAGCCAGUUGUUGACCACACAACUGUCAACACGACACUGGAUGCGUCGCCCAAGACGUUUCCCCUGGACAGGGCGCUGUACGCAGAUUUCAGCCACGACAACACCAUGGUGUCCAUCUUCUCAGCCAUGGGGCUAUAUAACGAGACACAGAAGCUGCCAACCAACCACAUCGUGUCGGCCCCGAAGGCGCACGGCUACUCGUCGGCUUGGGUUGUACCGUUCGGAGCCCGCAUGUACGUGGAGAAGUUGGAGUGCAAUGGGAAUUCUAACGAAUACGUACGGGUGUUGAUCAACGACCGCGUGAUUCCGCUCAAGACGUGUGGCGGAGAUAAAUAUGGACGCUGCAAGCUGGAUGACUUUGUGGAGAGCCUAUCGUUUGCACGCAAUGGAGGGCUUUGGGACCAAUGCGCCAUCUAG